UUAAAAAGAUAAAAUUUAAUUUAUAAUUUGUCCAAAUAGUAAUUUAUUACAAUACAUUACAUCGUUUUUUCGAAUUAUAUUUUUAUACAGUGUUCUUCCUUAGAUAUAUAUCUAUAAAAAUGGCACACACAUUUAGUGUUAAAAGCUUAUGUCAUUUGUGUAACAUGGCGUCGAACGAGAAUAGCAAUUUUCAGAAAGUUUUGGAGUUCAAAAUUUAUAAAUGCUCCAGCUUUUCUUCAUCUUAUGUGCCAGAAAAUAUUCUUGUAGAUAAACCAUCGGAUCAGACAUCGCGCUGGUCUUCCGAUAUUGACACUUAUCCACAGUUUCUUAUAUUAAAAUUACGAUUUCCCUCGAUUGUAAAAACAAUUACAUUUGGUAAAUAUGAGAAAACACAUGUGUGUAAUAUAAAAAAAUUUAAAGUAUAUGGUGGUUUAGAACCAGAAAACAUGAUGGAACUUUUAGAGAAUGGAUUAAAAAAUGAUUCAGUACCAGAAACUUUUGAUCUGAAACAUAUAUUAGGAAAUGAGGAAAAUUAUUUUCCAGUUAGAUAUAUAAAGAUUGUUCCAUUACAAUCCUGGGGCCCUAGUUUUAAUUUUUCUAUUUGGCAUGUGCGAUUAACUGGCACUGAUGAUGUUAAAAUUGUAAAGCCUAGUAUAGAAUGGCUUAAUGCGUACCGCCAAAAAGAAGUAAUAAGACUGUGUAUGAAACACUUUAGAAAACUUGAACAAUCAGAAAUUGUAGAUACUUUACAAAGAGUGACUGGUGUUCCACUUGAGGAUCCUAGAUUGACUGGAUUAUAUGACUUAUUAGUUACAAAAGGUGAUCAUUUGCAAGCUGAAUGUUUUAUAAGUAAUGCAGUAAUGUUGGGUCUCCUGAAUGACUAUAUCAAUGCUCAAACUUAUAGAGCAGUUUGGACUAAGUUAUCAUUCACUGAUGGUAAACCAGGAAUGAGAGGAGGUCAUCAAAUGGUUCUUGAUCCGAGUGCAGAACUUCUUUAUCUUUUUGGGGGAUGGGAUGGAAAUCAAGAUCUUUCAGAUUUGUGGGUGUAUAACAUAGCUUCUAACAAGUGGACCAUUAUAUGUAAAGAUACAGAAGCUGUGGGUGGUCCAAGCGCGAGAUCUUGCCACAAAAUGUGCCUUGAUCCAGAACGUAGGCAACUUUUUACUCUUGGUAAAUACUUAGAUGCAGAAUACAGAACGCCGGAAAAUUUAAAGAGUGAUUUUUUUGUCUAUGAUAUUGAAUCAAACAAAUGGACACAAAUAUCAGAAGAUACGGGUGCUGUAGGAGGACCUCAAUUAAUUUUUGAUCAUCAAAUGUCCAUGGAUGUUGAAAAACGGACAAUUUAUAUAUUUGGUGGUCGUGUACUUGUUUCUCCAACAAACUCCGAAGAACACGGUAUGGUAUCAAGUUCAACCGAACCAAUUUUUUCCGGAUUAUAUUCUUAUCAUGUACCAACUGGUACAUGGAAUAGGCUUGCCUGUGACAUUGCAAGACCGUGUCCUACUAAUGCACCAACUAUUAGAUCUCGAGCUGGUCAUUCUAUGUUAUUCCAUCCUAGAUUGCGGAAGCUAUAUAUUUUCGCGGGUCAAAGAGGCAAAGAAGAUCUUAGCGAUUUUUUCACAUAUGAGGUCGAUACAAAUCAUAUCGAACAUAUUUUUAAUGAUUUUGGUGCUAAAGAUUCGAAUCAUGUUCCGGCAGCUGGAUUUACACAAAGAGCUACAAUUGAUCCUGAAUUAGGAGAAAUAUAUGUUUUAUCGGGUUUAAGUAAAGACAAGGGUAAAAGAUUUGAUAGCGUUCAAAAUUCUUUUUGGGUAUAUAGUAUUAAAAAUAAUAAAUGGUCUUGUAUUUAUCGAAAUGAUAAUGUCGGAGAGAAAUAUUGGAGUAAAAUGCAAGAUUACGAACCAUGUCCACGAUAUGCGCAUCAAUUAGUUUAUGAUCAUGUAAAAAAGGUUCAUUUUUUAUUUGGAGGAAAUCCUGGGAGAUCCUGUCUUCCUAAUUUACGACUCGAUGAUUUCUGGCAAUUAAAAUUAUGCAGACCGUCUCAUGAACAAAUUUUAAAAAAAUGCAAAUUACUUAUUAGAAAACACAAAUUUAAAGAACUAGCUUUGAACAAUAGUGUCGAAGCGCUUGAAUAUUUACAGACCGAAGUAUCGGAAAUUAUUGAUCAUAAUGAUGCGGAACAAACGAAAGAGUUUCAAUUGUUAACAUCCCUUCUAUUCAGAGAACAAAACUUGUUAGGAGAAGCCACAAAUUCAAAUAGUUCAGACGCCGUAUUAGGAAAUUUAGUUAACAUGGAUACAUCGUUAUGUUAUUCGACUACUCGCGAUAUUCAUACUUUGAGAACUGAAUUAUACGAUAAACUAACAGAAUUUUUUCCCGAAUCAUCGACCCAACCCCGUGCUAAUUUGAUUGAUCUUUUACCAUUGUGAUCUAACAAUAAUUAAAAUCUAACUAAAAAUAUUUUGAAAUGUAAAGCAAACAAAUUCCUUUCGUUAUCUUGUAAAGACAUUUUCUUAUUAUAUCAAAACAAUUUUUAUCUUUAAAAAGAAACGUUAUUUUUAUAACGUAAUUCUUUGUAUUUUAAAAAGAGAAAAAUAUUCUCAGAUAUAGACGUGCAAUCUCUCCUUCUCUUUACACAAUCUAAUUUUUUGCAUAAAGAAUGAAUUAAAAAGAGAAAGAUAUAUUCAUCAUGAUACAUUUAAGAAAGCGAUUAUCGAGACAAAGGUGUUUAGCCUGUCUGUUUCCUUCUUCUUUUUCUAUUGAGUUUUCGUUUAUUUUGGACAUAAUUCUAGCCAUUUUUACUACAUCUAGAUUUCUUAAAUUCAUUUGUAAAUUUUAUUUUAUAAAAUCUGAUUAAUAUUAUAAUUGCUAAGAUCUGAUAAAUAUUAUAAUUGCUCACUCUAAUAACGUUACGUUGUUCAAACCCAUUUCAACUACCAACGAAUUGGAGUUACUGUGUUAUAAUAUAUAGUAACAUUUGUCUAUAAAUAAUUAUCGUUCUUAAAGCAAUUAAAGAAUGACUAUUUUUAAAAGUUCUUUUUUAUCUAUUGUAUAUAUAUCGAAGGGAUGCUUUGCAAAUUUUUAUGAAACGAAAACUCGUUAAAUGUUGUAAUGUUAAUGAGAAAUUGCAACAUAAGUGCAACAGAUAGGCAAUGCAUUAAAAAAUGUAUAUUCUUCUAUUUUUAUGGCUUCACUUUGUUCGCUGUUAAAGAUAUUUUAUACAAUAUAUUGUUACUGCAACAUUUCAUCUGUACAUCAUGUGAAAUAGUUAAAAUUAUCAUUAUCACGUAUAUUCAUGAUAUAAAUUUAUUAUAUAUAUAUAUAAUAUAUAUAUAUAUAUUUCAUGGUAAAUGUUAUAAAGCUUAGUCGAAUUUUUUAUAAAUAUUAUGUACAUCCAUAUGUUCUAUUAUAAGUUAUAUACUUCUGUAUCAUUAAUUGAUUAUCGUGAAGAAUAUAAAAUGCGCUAACAUUUUCGCUUGUGAUAGGAUUGAUAUAAAAAGCACGUUUUUAAGUAUUUUUGUUUCUAAGAUCUUGUAUAUAUUUUGUGAUUAUAGAAAGUAAUAUCUAAAGUUAUCAUUAUUGUUAAUUCUUUUGUACCAUAAGCAUUAUUUGAUGACAUGUGCGAAACAUCUUGUACAUAGCAUUGCUUUAUCAUUAUAUUUGUAGCAUUAUUAAGAAUGUGAUUAUAGCGAACCUUGCGACGAUUAUUCAAGAAUAUAUGGGAAGAUCAUUCAGAAGCGUAUCUUUGUAUAUAACUUUGUGCGCUGAAGAAUAAAACGAUUGUACAAUUUCGAUUUAGCAUAAGAAAAAUAGCGAACCCAUGUGAGGAUCGUUAAAAUAACAAAAAAAAAGAAAAAAGAUGCGAAACUUUUGUAAGAUGUUUCAGAUUUUUUUUUUUUUUGCAAUUUUCAGCAAAAAAACGAGAUAAAACAAUUUUUGUCAAAAAAAAUCUAAUAAUCUAAUAAUUAUUAAUUUAAUUGAGCGUGAUUAUAAUAUGAAAAUAUCUUCGGAUGUUUAUCAACCGUGAUCAAAAUUUAUUUUAUAUGUAACAAAAAAAAUUUCACGCUAUCUCAAAGAUAUAUAGGUACGUUGCGUACACUACACAUUUAGCCAAUGAAAACUAUUGCUUUCAUAAUAUUAUGCAUAUAUAUGAACAAGCUAAAUAUCAGAUUUGUCUCGGGAUUUUACCUGAUUUUAUCUGAUUUUAUUACGAAAUUCGACAAGAACGUUGAGUAGAAUUCUAAAACGUGAUAUUCGAAGUUCUAGUCAACUAACGUACGAUUACGAGAAAAAAAAAAUCACUAUUCGAUUCACCGGUGUGAUUUAUAAGUGAUUAAGAAUCAUAUAAUUAUCAUAUAAGUUGUAAAGUUUUAUAGUUUUAUAUUGUUUGUGAAACUUAUUUGUUUCUUUGUUCGACGUUCCCUUUGCGAUAGACGACGCGACAGAGAAGCCAAAAAUGUCUCAAAAUUCGAGGAUCAAACUGUGCCAAUAUGUGUUCCGCAAAACUUAAAAAUUAAGUUAGAGUUUAAAUGUCUCUUGUAUUAUAUAUAAAUUCGAAAAUAAUUGUUGAACUGUAAACACGAACGAAUAUUUAUUUCUUCCAACAUAUUAUUUUAAUAAAAUCUUG